UGGCCAGGCAUAUGUUUGUAGGGGUGAGAAGGAGCAGGAUGAUGGUACUUUCCUCCCCGUCAGCCUUGAUGAGGAUUUAGAUUCCCAGUAGCUGCCCUGUUCAGUGGCCUUGAGGAUGUACGGUGAUGGAGAGGGCACCGUGUGGGACCGGGUCGGACGUCCCCACCGGGACUGUAUGUGCUACCUUGGACCUCCUACUUCUUUGAUGCCGAUCGGGAUGCGCAAGUCGCCCGACGUGAGCCCCAGAAGGCUUUCGGACAUCAGCCCUCAGCUCAGACAGCUCAAGUACCUGGUGGUGGACGAGGCCAUCAAAGAGGACCUGAAGUCCUCCCGCUCAGUUGAGGACAUCAACAGCGCGUCCAUAGAGGAGCGAAUAUUAAGAAUCACCGGCUAUUAUGGAUACCAGCCUUGGAGUGCAAGCUACAAUAGAGAAGACCGCACCAGGGAGAAUGUGGUUGGCACCACAGACGCACACUCGGCUGGCGGUACAGCAGGAGCAGAGUCCGGCUCCAACAGACGGAGGCUCCACUGCUGCAUCAGAGUAACAACUGUACAGGUGCGCAAGGCCUUGUGGGGGGUCGCCAUGGUGAUGUGCGUCUGCUCCUCCUGGGCAGGGUCCACCCAGCUGGCUAAGCUGACCUUCAAGCAGUUUGACGCCCCCUUCACCCUCACCUGGUUUGCCACCACCUGGAACUGCCUCUUCUUCCCCCUCUAUUACAUCGGCCACCUGUGCAAGAGUCCAGAGAGGCAGACACCCAGACAGAGAUUCAGGGAGUGUUGUAGGUUUUUCGGGGAUGACGGGCUAACACCCAAGGUGUUUUUCACCAAGGUGGCUCCCUUUGGCCUGCUGUGGAUCCUCACCAACUACCUGUACCUGCAGGCCCUCAGGAAGAUCAACACAACAGACGUGUCAGCGCUCUUCUGUUGUAACAAGGCCUUCGUCUUCCUGCUGUCUUGGAUUGUACUCAGAGACCGCUUCAUGGGGGUCAGGAUCGUAGCUGCUAUCUUGGCCAUAGCAGGCAUUGUAAUGAUGACCUACGCUGAUGGAUUCCACAGCCACUCAGUCAUCGGCAUUACGUUUGUGGUAGCCUCUGCUUCAAUGUCAGCGCUCUACAAGGUGCUCUUCAAGAUGGUCCUGGGCAGUGCCAAAUUUGGAGAGGCUGCACUCUUUCUGAGCAUCGUUGGAAGCGCCAACUUUGUUUUCAUCAGCUUCGUGCCGGUCAUCCUGUAUUUUACACACGUGGAGUACAUUGGCUCACCUAGUGACAUCCCCUGGGCCUACCUCUGUGGGGUUGCAGGCCUGCUUUUUGCUUUCAACGUCCUGGUGAACUUUGGCAUUGCGAUAACAUACCCAACACUAAUAUCCCUUGGCAUCGUUCUAAGUGUUCCUGUAAAUGCCAUGGUGGAUCUCUACACUUGUGAAAUUCAUUUCAACACAGUGCGCCUCAUUGCUGUGUUCAUCAUCUGCCUGGGUUUCCUCAUGCUGCUGUUACCAGAAGACUGGGACCAGUGCAUCAUCCAGCUCAGCACAAAGCUGCGCAAACGCGACGAGCCAGCAGAGGGCAGCGGGGAGGCAGGCGCCACCACAGGGCUCAACUGGAGAGGGAGAUCCAGGACCUCCAUGUCAACCUUUGCACACUGACUCCAUGAAAUAUCACCAUGCAAACACACACAGACACAAAGAGGGAGACACAUUAAGACCUACUAUUGUUGAUUUUGGGACAUGUGACCUGCCCUCUCUUUCAUGCAGCUUCAGGAGUGAAGAAAGUAUUUCAGACUUUCCUCCGAUCAGUAACAUUUGAUGGGGGAGAUGCACGAGGCACCGACUGUGUCUCAUUCAUUUGGCAUCCAUUCCACUCAGAUGUUAUUCGAGUUGGUGCACGAACUAAUCAGUUUUAAUCCUUCUUACCCCAAAAAAUGAUCAGGUAUAACUGAUGUAUUAAUUUUUGCUGUACCUCUUAAUCAUUCCAUUCACUACAUCCUUGCACCUGGGAAGACUUGCCAACUUGCCUGAUAUUUUUCAGCUCUGAGGAAAAAGACAGACACUCUUUCGAGGCAGGCCUAACACCUUGUGGACUUCCUGUCUUUAACAUGUACACAUGUACACACCUUUAAGAUCCAAAGAAGAAUGCCUAAAAUGCUGAAUGCCUGAAAACAAUAGGGAACCCCCCCCCCCCCCCUCCCGGGUGUCCCUGAGGUGUACACUCAAUGACAAAUACCUGCCUUUCAUGCACUGUACAUAGCUGUGUUUCACACCUUGGAUGUCCUGGAGCUGUGGACCCAGUGGGCUCAUCUGGUGUGAGGAGAUCUGUCUGGACAUCUGAGGAUCAAUCUGAGCUGAACAAGCUUUCACAACAGCCUCACACUGUUCAUCCUGAGGGAAGAGGUCAGCUCCUUUUCUUGACGAUUGGCCCCCUGUGGUUAUGUGCUCUCCUGGAGCUAAACCCACUCUGUCAAUGCUGACACCCAUUGCUCAGGCCCACAGUUUAAUCACGAGAGAUCUAUCUCUGUUGCUUUCAAUGCAUGAGAUGGUUGCGAUUUGUUGUUUGUGUGAGUGCUUUCAGUCCAUCCAUAAAGAACUUGCCUCACAUCUUCUAUUGCCUAGCAGCAAACGGUAUAGUAAACGUUUUUAAUAACUAAGCAAUACAGGUAAUACAGUACUAAAUGUGUCUAUCAACUGUUCAAACUAAACUAACUCAUUACGUAGCCUACUUUAACAAUCAAUGCUUCAGGUAUCCCAAUCUUUGGAUGGACUAAAAGCACUAACAGCUUAUAAUAAGACAAACAGGCUUUAUGAAAACUUGGAACUACCCCUUUAAUAACUUUCAACAUCAUCCAUAGCUAUCACCGAGCCUCCCUCUGAAUUCCAAUCACACAUACCUUUUUAGACUCGUAUGCACACAAACUAAUCUGCGACAAUUAUCAAUUAAAUUAAAAAAAAAACAGACAGUAGACGGAAACUGUCUCACUGCAGCGUGAGGAAAGGUGUGUUGACACAUGAGAAUGGCUCCCAUUUGUCCACCUCCGCUCUUUGUCAAAAAAAAAAAAAGUUCUUACUGCGUCUGUUUUCAUGAAUCACAUUUCUGAGGCAAGUUAACAACCCAACCGAGAUGAACCUGAGAGCAAAUAAGAUGCGCGUCUCGUAAAGCGACUGGUGGAAACUCUGCCUUGCUGUGAAUGUAUGAACAUCACUCGACCACACAUGCUCGCUACGUGCUAUCUGUUUUUUACAGUGCCAUCACAGACUGCUGCAGAGAGACUCUUUAAUACUAUCCUUCUUGUACUCAUCUGAGUUGCAUUUUUUGGAGCUAACUCUUGACGCAGCGUACAGGACUUUUUAUAUUUUUUGCAUUUGGUUGCUUACUAACCUUGAGUGGACAGUGAGCGACAUCUGCAGGACGAGCAUGCACAUACUGUAUGAGCAGAUACAGCUGACAAGUCCACUUCACUGCCUUUUCUUUGUUUUGCAAUAGAGUACAAUAGCACUGUUUCCCAUUGUCAUUCUCUAUGACAAUAAAUAAUAAUAUUGUAUUCCUCUGGAAUUAUUGCUAGACAUAAAUGUAAACCUUUGUAAGGAAUGAUGAUUUUUACACUGAGAUGCAACAUAUGAUUAUCACAUUUGAGGAAGAAAUAUUUAGAGUGUGAUUAAAUGAAGGGUUUAUUAGAUCUAUUGUUGGGUGUCUUCAAGUGUAAUCACAUGUACUAUAUAAAAGAUUUCUUUUCAAUACA